AUGGAGGAACCAAAGUCCCUUCGCGCUUUUGUUGCAAGGAAUCGGCAUCGUCUUGAAUCGUCGCGACGAAGCAACGGCGUUGAUAGGCAUGGAGAUUUCGAGGGCGAGGAGAGGGCGUCCACAAUCCAUUCUCCUGCUGCCAAAGGGCCAAAGGUGAAUGAGUUAGGCGUGACGCAUACAAGGGAGACGGAGACUGCGCCCAAUGCGCCCGUGGUGCCGGUUGACGUAAGGGGCGACGUACAGGGAGACGCAGGGUUCGCUAGGCCUGUCUUCCACACCGAGUUGCACACAGUGAAAUUUGCUGCGGGCAGGACUCAGAAAAUCCUCACGACCAAGUUCGAUGUUGCUAUGUCUGUCGCCAACUCGACGUCGAAGAACGCAGACGUUAUCGCAUUGAGAUUCUUGAUUCGAGACGCCCCUGUUCAAUCAAGGCGCGUUUUGGCUGACCAUGUCCGGGCAAUGAACAACAUCAACCAAGCUCGCAAAGGUGUUCAGGUCGAACAUGACCUGAUCCUGGAAUAUAGGCGCCUUUACAAAGACAAGCUCAACCAGCCCGGCGCACGUGUCUCCAGCUUGCUUUCAAUCUUUUCUGGGCCAUCCGACUCCACCCAAUACCAGCAUUGGGAAGACCAAAGGAAGGCAAAUAGUGGGAUCCAAUCCACAAUCGAGGAUGCUUCGAAGUCGUUCUCGAAGAGUAUAGAAUAUUGGAAGGCGGUGGACCAGGGGGUCCAGAAGGUUGAGGCGGAGCUUGAGGCCUUGAAGGCAAUCGAGGAGGGACGCCUUUCAGCGGAGGAGAUCAUGGCGGUUCUGGGACGGAUUCAGAGCAGAAUGGGCAGAGCAGCCAGAGGGAAGUGA